GUGGUGAAGCCAGGUGUUGUGUGUUGUCUGGAAGCAUCGUCAUUCUUGCGCUAUUUUCUCCAGACAAUUGCGAUGCUGUGGGCCUCCGGAAACAACGCGCAGUUCCACCCGCUGCUGCCAUUGGAUGUUCAACGUUCGUGCCUUGCCGGGCUCCAGUUUGCUCAUUGAGUGUGGAGAGUGCUCCGUAGCCCCAUCUCCAGGUGAAACAAGCUUUUUACAAACUUCGAUCAAGCUUUUUAGGGGUGUCUGAUUGCAUCGUUGGUAAUGCUGCGGAGGGGCCCGGAGACGUGUGCAGUACGACUGCUACAUGAAUUAUCGCGCCAUGUCGUCAUGGUAGGUUGCGUAUAUACUGAAGCAGGUAUCUGCUUUGGAGAUUACAACGACCUAACUCCUACACACAACUAGUAUUACCAUACCGAACUCUAUACACAAUGCCUCUUGCACGACACGUCGAUCCCGAUGAGCUUAUCGAGACUCUGAAGGAUCACCCACUCCACAAGGCUGGUGCUCACAAGCGAGGAGUCAGCCAUACUACUCCGUAUUCGAGCAGAUAUGCGGCCAGUGUCGAGCUAUCCAAGUACAAGAUCCCUCAGGAUGGUGCACCAGCAGACACUGUCCACCAGCUGCUCAAGGAUGAGCUUGAUUUGGAUGGGCGGCCCAGCUUGAACUUGGCCUCGUUCGUGGGAACGUACAUGGAGCGUGAAGCUGAGGCGCUGAUGAUCGAGAACAUCUCGAAGAACAUGUCGGAUGCGGAUGAAUACCCUGCGAUGAUGGACAUGCACGCACGCUGUAUCUCGAUCAUUGCUCACCUUUGGGGCGUUCAGAAGGGUGAGAAGGCCAUUGGGUCCGCCACAACAGGUUCCAGUGAGGCUAUUCACCUUGGUGGAUUGGCCAUGAAGAGACGCUGGCAGGAGAAGCGUAUGGCUGAAGGCAAGGACACAUCGAAGCCCAACAUCAUCAUGGGCGCCAACGCACAGGUUGCUCUCGAAAAGUUUGCUCGCUAUUUCGAGGUAGAGGCGAGGAUUUUGCCCGUCUCCGAGGAUUCAUCGUACCGUUUGGACCCUGAGCUGGUUAAGAAGAAUAUCGAUGAGAACACCAUUGGUAUCUUUGUGAUUCUGGGUAGCACAUACACGGGUCACUACGAACCGGUAGAAGAGAUCCACGAUAUUCUAGACGCUUACGAGAAAGAGACCGGCAACGACAUUCCCAUCCACGUCGAUGCUGCAUCUGGUGGUUUCAUUGCACCUUUUACAAACGCGAAGGCUGGCAAGAAAUGGAACUUUGAGCUUCCUCGCGUCAAGUCUAUCAACACCAGUGGUCACAAGUUUGGUCUCGUCUACGCUGGUGUUGGUUGGAUUAUCUGGAGAGACGAGAGCUACUUGCCAAAGCACUUGGUUUUCGAGCUGCAUUACCUUGGUGGCACAGAGGAGUCGUACACACUCAACUUCUCCCGACCGGGUGCGCAAAUAAUUGCGCAGUAUUACAACCUGAUCCAUUUGGGUUUCAAUGGAUUCCGCAGCAUCAUGGAGAACACACUCGCCAACGCACGCUUGUUGAGCAGGGCUUUAGAGCACACCGGUUGGUUCCGCUGUGUUAGCGACAUUCACCGGAAGAAGGGAGACUUCAAGUUUGAGAAGGGCAAGAAGCAGUACGACGAGGGAGAGAACAGCGCAGCUUACAACGCUGGCCUCCCUGUAGUUGCAUUCACCCUCGCAGACGACUUCAAGAAGGACUACCCCCACGUGAAGCAGGAUUCCAUCAGCAACCUGCUGCGCGCUAAGCAAUACAUUAUCCCGAACUACCCGCUGCCACCAAACGAGGAGAAGACCGAGAUCCUACGAGUCGUUGUACGCGAGAGCUUGUCUCUGGACAUGAUCGAUCGAUUGGUGACUGAUAUCUGCCAAGUCAUGGAGCAACUGAUGAACACGGAUGUAACCGACCUCGCAGCCUGGCAACCAUCGAAUCCCAGUGCGGAGAAAACACACGCGUCUCUUGGACAUCGGGCUCACAACAGGCACAAAGCUAAGAGGCCUAUGCACGAGGGUGUGCACCGAUCUGUGUGUUAGCGAGCUUUACCGUUCCAAGGUUUGACGCACUCAUGCAAGUGAUCGAGUAAAGACAAAACCCAUGCAAUCCUGAAAAAGAAACUUGUACC